GCUGAGCCGGAGGCGGCGUGCCCGCUGGAGGCGCUCACAGGACGGCAUGAUUCCGGAGCGAACGUGUGCUCAGUUGUCGUCCUCCUUCCGCCUUCGCUUCUCACGAUGUGGUUGUUUUUUUUUUUUGUUUUUUUUUUGCUCCUGCUAGAAUACGUUAAAACAUGUUUGUGUUGUUGUUCGAGGGACCUUUUCCGCGCACCGGCCGCGGUGUGAGACUUGAGUGAGAGGCGGAGAGGAGGACAGAUCCAGCGGGCGGACAGGAUGGCCGGCAGCGGCGCCGACUCGCUCCCAGCGUCCGCCUUCAUCCCGGUGUGCACCGCCGCUUGCCUCCUGGUGGGCUCCACUUCACUCUUCUUCGUCUUCACAUGCCCGUGGCUGGCAGUGACCAUCUGCCCUGCCGUGCCGCCGUGCUGCGCCGUCCUUUUCCUUUUUGUGCUGGCCAACUUCACCAUGGCGACGUUUAUGGACGCCGGCGUUCUCCCGAUAGCCGACGAGGAUGAGGACAAGGACGACGAGUUCCGGGCGCCCCUUUACAAGAACGUGGACGUGAGGGGCAUCCAGGUGCGGAUGAAGUGGUGCGCCUCCUGUCACUUCUACAGGCCGCCGCGGUGCUCACACUGCAGCGUGUGCGAUCGCUGCGUGGAGGAUUUUGACCACCACUGUCCGUGGGUGAACAACUGCAUCGGGAGGCGCAACUACCGCUACUUCUUCCUCUUCCUGUUGUCCCUGACCGGUCACAUGGUUUGCGUGUUCAGCUUGGGCCUCAUCUUCGUGCUGCACCACUCGGACCAGCUUUGGAAGCUGCACUGCACCGUCACUUUGGUCGUGAUCAGCAUAUCGGGCCUAUUUCUCCUUCCGGUUCUGGGCCUGACGGGGUUCCACCUAUUCCUGGUGUCCAGGGGACGCACCACCAAUGAACAAGUCACCGGGAAGUUUCGGGGAGGAGUCAAUCCGUUCACGCGUGGUUGCUGUAACAAUCUGGAGUACUUGGUGUGCAGUCCCAUCUCGCCGACGUACUAUGCAAGGCCCCGCAAGAAGUCUGUGAUCCACAUUCGGCCUCCCUUCCUGAGACCGGAGCUUGACAGGCAGCUGUCAGUCAAAGUGAGCGACAACGGCAAACACAGCAGAGCCUCUGCCGGACCGGAACCGCAGAAAAGUCCGCCCCCGUUGCCGCCCAAACCAGACCGCGGGCUGCUGAAAAGUCACCUAGCUGCCAUGGAAGAGAUGCACCACCACACCAAAUCCAUCAUCCCGGUCUCCAUUCCCACGGUGCCUCAGCUGCGACCCGUCCUGGAGGCCAUAUCCCGAGGAUCGUCACCCAUUCCUCCGGAGCAGCUACUGAAGACCUCCGAGCCACCAGGGGACAGCAAAGGUCCGGCCAUCCGCUUGGACACCAAGGGAAGCCCCUUGAGGGGAGCAUUGCCCCCCUCGUUGCCCCCCUUGCAGGCUGCCUCCCUCUCAGGGGCCAUGACGCUCAGCUCGCGUUCCCUCAGCCUCAAACACGGCGGGCGCCACAUGAUCGCCAAGUCCCAGGCCAACCACGGCAGCAGCAGCUCCUACGACACCCUCGUCGCCACCGCGGACCCUCAGUGUCGCCCCCACAGAGGGCCUCCCGCGGUGGGCUACUUCAUGAGCCUGGGUCCCGACGUGGGCGUGGCGCAGCGCGGCCCUCACGCCUACAGCCCCGUCUUCGUGGGCGUCGCCCGUCAUUCCCCUCAGCCCAGAGAACCGUCGCCUUCUCUGCAGGGUCUGUCGUCGCGAGACCCCUCGUCGCCGUCCUUCCUGGGCUUCAUCCAAAGAGAGCCUUUGCCCACUUUCCAGGACCUCCUGUCCAGGGAGCUUAGCCCAGCGGGUCUGCCCAUGAAGGCCCAAAGUCUACGAGACGGCCUGCGGGACGUGAGUUUGACUCCUCAGAAGUCCGCCGCUCCCACUGCGUCGUCCCGCUUCGACGGCCUCUCCAAAGCCCUCGUGGCGUCCAUUAACGAGCGGCGCGAGAUGGAGGAGAGGGAGCAGACGCUGCGCCUCCACGCCCGAUCCCAGGCUCUGUACGGACCGGACGCCUGCGUCUACGACAUCCCCUGCCGGCGGAGUCUGCCGCCGGACCCCGGCCGACCGCAGGGCGCUCGGGGCCCCACCCCGCCGGCGUACGGCUCCCGGGAGUUCCUGAUGAGCACGGGCGUCUUGGGGUACGGCCCCAGGACGUCGCCCCUCUCCAGCUCCUCCGCGUCGUCGCUCGCCCGGGGCCCCAAACCGCGCUCCUCUUCGCCAGUCUACUGCCCCUCUGAGAGACCGCCCGUCCCCCCCUCUACAUGCACGCUCCCCCGUUUGCCCUCCUGCUCCACAGCCUCCUCCAACCCCCCUUACGCACUCUACGGGACAGCCAAACGCUCCUCGCUCACCACCACCUCCUCCGAGGGGAAGGACUCGUGAGUAGUCCCCGCACUCACGCCACGAGCUGUGAAGUACAGUGGUACCUUGACUUACAAGUUUAAUUCGUUCUGUGACCACGUUCGUAACUCAAAGCACUUUGAAAGCAAGUUUUCUCAUUGAAAUGAAUGGAAGCGCCAAUAAUCCAUUCCAGCCCCAUUAAAAAAAAAAAAAAAAAGAAAAAUGAAAACACCAAAAUUUGUUCAACUUCCCUCACUUUCAGCAGCUUUGUCACCAUCCACGGAGAGAGGUCAGCAGCCCGAGGCCGGCCUUUAUCGACUCCUUCUGCUGUUCGAGUACUAUGCUCGUACUGCUUCGCCAAGUUGACUAUGCGCACACUUGCUCAUGUUUUUGUAAGAUUUCAAGCUUUAAAGAUCCCUAAGUGAAAUCAUAGAUUUCUUUCAAGAUACCUUAUACAUAUUUGAGGUUAAAUGCUAAAAUACCUGUAAAAAAAAAAAACAACAACUUGAGAACUAUGUAGUAAGGAAUUGCAGCGGUAUAGCUCACUGAUGCAUUUGCAUAAGUUUUUUGAAUGAGACAAACAGUCAAACAUACAAACUUUUAGCCUAUUAGCAUAAUAGCCUAAGUCAUUUUUUAAACAUUUGGCAAAACAAGAAAAAACACAAAUUCCACAAACAAAAAGUCAGGUUUCCUCUAUUCAACCAUUGCGGAUUACCAUGAUCUGAUGAAUGACAAUGUAAAUACACAUAAAAAAACUAAUUUAGUCAGAAUGUUGCUAUUUUUUUAUUGAUAUUGUGACAGUAAGGCUAAUGAAAAUACAAAAUGAGAGCACGCUCAAGGGGCUGCUGUAGGCCGCAACUCACACGCAGAAACUCACACGAGGACUGUCCCACCAACCCGACUACAGCUCCCGAUGUCACUUACUUGGCCACGCCCCUUAAAGGCACAACUCACAGUCAAACCAGUUUGUUUCUUUACAUUUCCAUGCUUUUAUACAAUACAUUGCUUUUUAUUUUAUUACAUGGGGAUGGAAUAUAUUAUUACAAUUUUAAUUCAUUAAAAAAAAAAUGUGAUAAGUAAAUUCAGUUUCGAGCUCGGCCACAGAACAAAUUAAAGUCGGAAGCCGCAGCAUCAAAAUCUUUUCCCUCAUGCCAUCAAUGAAUCAGCCGUGCAGUGUUUGUGUGUAUGAGGGAUUCCCCUGUGCGUGUGUGUUUGUGUUUGAGGAAAGAAUAUAUAAAAAGUCAUUUUGACUGUAAGAAGGUGAUUCUUUACUGAGUGCACCCCAUUAACCCUAAUACAGAGAGAAUACAAUCUUUUUUUUAUGUGUUUUGAUAUUGCCUUUUUGUUGUCUUCCAAUCCAUACAAUUUGAUAGUUGUUUAUAUGAAAAAUAAACAUAUUUUGUAA